CCGCGGUCCGCCCGCCGCCGCUAAAUACCCGGAUGCGCCGCCCGAGCGCCAGACGCGGAGCUGGGAAAAGGGAGGCAGAGGAGGUGGAGGCACAGCCCGAGCCUGAUCCCGAGCCCGAGCCGGAGCCGCAGCCGCAGCCGGGCGCCGAGACCGACCGACAGACCGCCGGGGCUGGGCCACGCAGAGCCGGCCCGGCGAGUCGUCUCGCGACUCGAGCCAGGUCCCCGAGAGCCGGGCCCCGGACUGGCCCGGGAGUCCGGAGGAGCGCCAGAGCGGAUCCCGAGUAAGGCUUUCCUGGGCCUCCGACGAGGGCUGGCCCUUUUGAAGGCGCCUCCUUCAACAGCAGGACCAGACAGGCCACCAUGACCGAGAAUUCCACGUCCACCCCUGCGGCCAAGCCCAAGCGGGCCAAGGCCUCCAAGAAGUCCACAGACCACCCCAAGUAUUCAGACAUGAUCGUGGCUGCCAUCCAGGCGGAGAAGAACCGCGCUGGCUCCUCGCGCCAGUCCAUCCAGAAGUACAUCAAGAGCCACUACAAGGUGGGUGAGAACGCCGACUCGCAGAUCAAGUUGUCCAUCAAGCGCCUGGUCACCACUGGGGUCCUCAAGCAGACCAAAGGGGUGGGUGCCUCAGGGUCCUUCCGGCUGGCCAAAAGUGACGAGCCCAAGAGGUCAGUGGCCUUCAAGAAGACGAAGAAGGAAGUCAAGAAGGUGGCCACGCCAAAGAAGGCAGCCAAGCCCAAGAAGGCUGCUUCCAAAGCCCCAAGCAAGAAGCCCAAAGCCACCCCAGUCAAGAAGGCCAAGAAGAAGCCGGCUGCCACGCCCAAGAAAACCAAAAAACCCAAGACUGUCAAGGCCAAGCCAGUCAAGGCAUCCAAGCCUAAGAAGGCCAAACCAGUGAAGCCCAAAGCCAAGUCCAGUGCCAAGAGGGCCGGCAAGAAGAAGUGACAAUGAGGCUUUUCUUGUGGACACUCCUGCCUGUCUCCUAUUUUCUGUAAAUACUUUUCUCUUUUCUUCUCUCUUGAUCUUCAUCUGCAGUCCUUGGCCCUUUCUGUUCUGACUUCAUAAGCGAAUUUGGAUUCCUCAGAAAUUAGGGAAUAAUUCAUUUUUCCUUAACCAAUCGUGCAAGGACAGCAACAACAAAUCUCAUCUCUAAUGAUGAGAAUGUACUUAUGUUUUGUUUCGUUGACUUGUUAUUAAUCUACUUAAUGGGUUUAGGGACUUGGGUGGGUUUGUGUGUUUUGUUUGGUUGGAUGGUUUGUUCAAUAUGAAGGUAAAGGGGUGGGAGAGAAUGGGCAAGGCCGCUGGUUCCAACUGGAUGGGGGGGGAGCCCGGAAAUGGUAAGGUUUGGAGGAGUAUCUUUAAGGUGAGCCAGCCUUCUCUAGGUUGCACACCCCUUGUGAGAGUUCCAGAACCUUGGUGGGGAGAAGGAAGGGGUGGCAGCAGCUGGAUGGCAAAGGAGGGAGGUGGGAAAAAACACUCUCCGGGCUGACUUCCACCUUCCAAUAGUGAGCAGUGGGGGGUCCAAAUCCAGUUUCCUUCUCACUGUUAGUUUGCUCCUGUGGCCUCCCUAUUGUCCUAGGGAAGGGAAGGGGGGGUCAAAGUGACAGCUGGUCUGGGAAGCAGUGGCUUCUCUCAGUCAGCUGGAAACUAGCCAUGGGGGGGGGGUGUCUUUGUGGCUUCAGAAAGUCUCAUGUUAAACGGGAGUGGAAACUUUGGGGGAAGGGUGGGGAUUUAGUCAGCCAAGUGCCUCAGUGUGCCCUGUUAAAACUUGGGUCUUUCCACAUAAUUGGAUUGUAUCAUAGGAGGACUCUUUUCCUUUUCCCCUGGUUUUUGGUUCCUCCUGUAUGAGAAAGCGGUGGUUUUGCUUGGUGGCCUGGUGGGGCUCAGUUCUGCCACCUGCCACUUAAAAACCUCCCGACGUCUUUACUUCUGAGUCUUUUAUAAAAAGUAGUUGUAGAUGGGGGAGGGGGAAUGGGCGGGGAGUGGACAGUAAGACAUACUGCAGUCAAUUUUGAAUUGCUAAGUAGUUUCACAGAGCUAGGUCUGUGUGUAUGUGUGUAUAUGUAUAUAUACGUAUCUAGGGCUAGUACUUAACGUUUCACACCCGGGAGCUGGGAGAAAAAAACCUGUACAGUCGUCUUUUAUUUUUAAUAAUAUAGGAAAAUGCGCACUUGCGCGUGGUUCCCCCCCCCUUUCUUUUUUUUUAAACAAGUGUUAUUUGUGCCGGGAAGAAUUUGAGGUCUUUGUAAUUUUAAAAACUUUAAAAUAAAAUUGAAAAAUGAAAAAAACC